GUUUUCCCGAGAAGAGCAAAAGCAAACAAAUCUCCGACGACGAAGAUACCAGAGUACAGAUGACAGCGAAAAAAAUGAAACUAUUGAAGAAGAAGAGUCGGCGCCGCUCGAAUGUAGUGAAAAGUUCAGAGAAGAGGCAAGUGAAUAGUUCACCGGAGAAGGUAAUCGAGAUUCCGAGUAACCCGCCGGAGCCGGAGAGCACAAGUAUGGGUAUUUGGUUUUCUAUGUUACAGGAGGAAGAAAAAGAUGGCCCUCAAACUUCUACUAAAGAAGCAGAUAUGUCUGACUCUAAAAUUGAUGGACUUGAUUAUGGUGUACCUUCUGACCAGGAGGAACCAAAGAAGGAUGCAGCUGUGGAAGGAAGUGAUGCUCAAAUUCAUGAUCGUGUACACAUAGCAGUGAAGUAUCUUUAGCACUAGAUCUACACAUAGCAGUUGCCUCAUAGUAAACCCCACUAUUCUGA